AUGGUGCGUAAACUGUUACUAAAACGUCGCAAUGUUGAAUACGUUUUGCAAUAUAGUAAUGUUACACCAUUCAUGUGGUACAAGGGAAGGUACAGAUGCUUCUACUGUGCUGAGCCUAUGAAAGAUCCGGUACUUUUACGCGAGCACACAGCUAGAGUACACCAAUUUGCUAACUUGGAACUCGUGGUCCAUGAUCGAACUAAAAAUAAUAGGAAUAAAGAUGCUGCAGUGAAAAUUGAUGUUACAGACAUAUCCUGUAAAUUGUGUCCAAGAUCAGUUAACACUCUAGAACAGCUGAUUAACCACUUGAUAAUAGCCCAUGAUGCAGAAUACGAUGUCAGUGUUCCUAACUGCUUCCUUCCUUUUAAGUUAGAUAAAGGGCAGCCCACUUGCCCUAUUUGUGACAUGAAAUUCGUCUUCUUCGAGUAUCUUUUGCGUCAUGCAAAUAAACAUCACUUAUCACACGAUUAUAUAUGUGAUGUGUGCGGUACAAGUUUUCAAGGGGAGAAUCAUUUGAAAAUGCACAACAGAUACUACCAUAGAGAAGGGGGUUACACAUGCGAUAUAUGUGGUAUAAGUUUGUCUACGUUGUCAAAGAAGACACUCCAUGAAAAAAACGUGCAUAUGGUUAACCUAUCUACUUGUCCGCAUUGUCCAGAAACUUUUAAAAGUCCAUAUUUCAAGAAGUUGCAUUUAGCAAAUGUACAUGGUGUUGAAGAGUUGAAAAUUAAAUGUCCUUAUUGUCCAAAAAUCUAUCCUCAAGAGAGUAUAAUGUCACGUCAUAUGAGACGAGUUCAUUUGAGGGAGAAGAAUGUUGAAUGCCAAAUUUGUGGCGACAAAUUCUUUGAACCCUACGAUGUUAAAUUGCACAUGUUGAAGCACAAUGGCGAUAAAAAGUUUAUGUGCUCUUUUUGCGGGAAGAAGUUUUCUAAGAAGAGUAAUUUAAAUUCUCACUCGUGCAUUCAUACGGGACAGAAAAAGUAUGUUUGCUCAUUAUGUGACAAGGAUUUUGCUCACCGAUACAAUUUAAGUCAACAUAUACAAACAUGGCAUCCUCAGAAUAUGGUGGACCAAGAUCAAGAUAUGGGCGUCACAGACGAUAUUGAUGACAGGAUAAGAAAAAGGAAAUACCAAGAGGCAUGUCUAGAACGAUUAACUGUUCUACGAAGUAAUAUACUAACACUACUGCAGUAUGGAAAUGUUGUACCCUUCCACUGGAACACGCGAGGCUUCAGAUGCUUUUUUUGUGGGAAGGAAAUAAGAGACUGUGAUUCUUUAAAAGAACAUACAAUACUCAGCCACAAAUCCAUAGAAUUACACUCAUUUAUACCCCAAAGAAUUAUAAGCAAGGAUGUCCCAAUUAAAAUAGACAUAACAAAUCUUUCUUGUAAACUCUGCAAUACACCUCUAGCAACUGUUGAAGAUCUAAUAGCUCAUAUAGUAGCUGUACAUGGUAAAGAGUAUGACAAUUCAGCUGGAGUCUGCGUGUUUCCAUUCGUUCUUACAAAGAAUAUUCUAAAAUGCGUACUCUGCGAAGAUAAAUUUGACAAUUUUACGUCUAUGAUGGGACAUAUGUACAAGAAGCAUAUUGCCCAUCCCUAUAUGUGUCAGAUAUGUGGCCUGAGUUUCAUAGACAAAGUUAGGCUAAAACGGCACAUCAGUAACAGUCACAUCGGAUACAGAUGCAAAAUUUGUGGGAAAAUCUUCGACGCGUCACACAAAGUUGAAAAACAUAAGCAAAGGAUUCAUGGUGUUCGGAGGACGGUAGCUUGUAACCUCUGUAGUGCAACUUUCGACAAUCAGUACCAAAUGAAAGUUCAUAUGGGAAAGAUCCAUAACGUAGAGAAAUAUCGUAUAAAAUGUGAACAUUGCUCAAAAAUUUGCACAACCAAAGGCGCCAUGUUGUUACACGUCCAAUCGCUGCAUUCGAAUGUUAGAUUUGAAUGCGAUCUUUGUGAAUACAAAACUGGAGAACUUAGGGGUGGCCAAAAAGCUGUUGAUGAUUCUGUACCCCAUGAGGAACUCAUCCCGAUCCAAGUUGCUACUAAACCGGCUCUAUCGGCCAAGGAUAAGAGAAAAAUAAUGAGAAACAAUGUACUGCAAGUGCUAAUAAAGUCUACUGUGAUGCCUUUCAGAUGGUUAAAAAGCUCAUAUAGAUGUUUCUAUUGCUACGACAUCUUCCAAGAAUCUUCAGAUUUGAAAAACCAUCAACACGUACAUGUUGGUGACGAUAUAAAGGAACAGGCUAUGAAUAAUUAUUGGGAAUCUGUUGUUUAUGUGGACAUCUCGAAUCUAUCCUGCAAGUUGUGUCCUGAAAAUUUGACGGAUUUGUACGAUUUGGUAGACCAUUUGGUGGCAAAACAUGGAGUUGUCUACAAUAAAGACGUCGGCAUAUGCAUGGUUGCGUUUAAACUAGAUAAUUUCACUGUUAAUUGCUUAGCAUGUGGAGCUAGUUUCUAUACUUUUGGACCUUUAUUACAUCAUACUAAUAAAGAUCAUAAAGGAACCUCAGCAAUUCUAUGUGAUGUUUGUGGGCAACAUUUUAAAGAUGGCAACUUGUUACGUUUACAUGUCAAAACUGUGCACGAAAACACCGGCUUACUUUGUCCUGAAUGUGGUGAGAAGUUCGAAACUCGAUCCAAAUUGAAGACUCAUCAGAAGAACCAGCAUGAUUUAGAUAAAAAAUACAAAUGUCUCGUAUGCUCUCAGACUUUUCAAAGUCAUUACAAGCGAUCGAGGCACAUGGCGACAGAGCAUAAAAAUAGACAGGAGAUAAAGUGCCUUCACUGUCCCAAGACGUUUGUGUUUCGUAGCAUGAUGAUGACACAUUUACGAGAUACCCACUUAAAAGUGAGAAAUCACGUGUGUGGAGUUUGCGGUUGGAAGGCGUUUAACAGCAACCGCUUAAAGAACCACAUGUACAAACAUAGUGGGGAAAAGAAUUUCAAAUGUGAUGCCUGCGAUAAAGCGUUUACAACGAAAAAGAUUAUGCGAGCGCAUUUUGCAAGAAUGCACAAGACUCUCCAACCGUCUAUCAUGCCAUACGAACAUUCAUGGAGAACAGACGAUAAAGAAGAAACUUUGCUUUCAGGCAAGAGCCGAAACACGAAACGCAGUUUAUAUUCAAAAAUACUUGCAUCUUCGGACAGUGAAGACAACUUACCAAUAAAAGAUCUUAAACCAAAAUUAUCCACAAACGAUAAAUUGAUCAUAAUGAGAAAAAAUGUUGUCCAAGUCAUCUUAAAGUCAACAGUGAUGCCGUUUAGAUGGCUGAGAAGUUCCUACCGAUGUUUUUACUGUUACGAAGUGUUCAGAGACCCUAGGGAUCUAAAAUUUCACCAAAACGAUCAUAAUGUUGACGGAGAAAUACAUAAGGCAAUGGAAAAUUAUUGGGAGCCGGAAGUGUAUAUUGACAUAUCUAACAUAUCCUGCAAAAUCUGUCCAGAAGCAAUUACAGAGUUAUAUCAGCUAGUAGAUCAUUUAAUUAUUAAACACAGUGUAAACUUCGAUAAAGAUGUUGGUAUAGGGAUGUAUGCAUUUAAAUUAGAUGAGUUUUCAGUCAGAUGUGCGGUUUGUAACCAAAAAUUUAGCACUUUUGGACAUUUGUUGGUACACACAAAUAAAGAUCAUAAAGGGUGGUCGGAAGUACUCUGUGAUAUAUGCGGGCAACAUUUUCGGAAUGCCAAAAAUCUCCGGCAACACAAGAGAAAUGAUCAUGCAACCAAACCGGUUACUUGUACUCAUUGCGGAUUGAGGAUAAUCAGUAAAAACAAGCUAAGAACACAUCUGCAGAAUUUCCACAACCACAGAUACAAAUGUUACGCGUGUUCGGACUUGUUUGAAACACACUAUAGGAGGUCACAGCACAUGAUGCUUGUACAUAAAAGUAGGGAAGUGGUGCAGUGUUCCUCGUGCCCGCGGACUUUUGUAUAUCGAAGUUCUAUGAUGAGACACGUAAGAGAAACUCACCUGCAAGAACGGACUGCGGUUUGCAGUGUUUGUGGAUGGCGGUCUUUUGCCCAAUACGAUCUCCAGAAACAUAUGAUGAAACACAGCGGAAUCCGUAAAGAGCCGGUGAAAGUUAACAAGAAAAGAUUAAGUAAGAAAAGAUCACAGUUAACCAAACAAGAUUCAGCGUUAGAUUUUUUUAGGAAAAAUACAACUCAAGUGCUAGAAAAUUCAACUAUAAUGCCUUUCAUAUGGCUGCGGACUUGUUUUCGAUGUUUUUAUUGCUACGAAAUGUUUGAAGAACGUGCAACAUUAAAAUCUCAUCAAGAUAUCCAUACAAUUAAAGAUAUACACGAAACAAUGGAUAAGUUCUAUGAAUCUUUGGUAGUGAUCGAUGUUUCGGAGAUAUGCUGCAAAAUUUGUUUGACCAAUAUGAGUGAUAUUUUCCAACUAGUAGACCAUUUGAUAGCAAUUCACAAAAUUGACUUUAAUAAAGAAGUAGGUGUAAACAUGGCGCCAAUAAAACUAAACGAAGGUGUUAAAUGCGUGUUCUGCUCGAUGAUUUUUAAAAGUGUCAGUCAUUUGGUCUUGCACAUGAACAGAUAUCAUAAAGGUUGCUUGAAAUCCCUGUGUAACAGCUGUGGGACUCAGUUUAGGAGUUACGAUGAUUUUUGCGAACACGUAAAAAAAGAUGUUACAGAAGAUAAUCUGAAAUGUUCACAAUGCGAUCUCUUCUUGAAUUACGGGGUCUUGAAGACUCAUAUGAAAGAUGUUCACGGCAUGAGAUACAAAUGUCUGAGUUGCUUUGAAUUCUUUCCCUCGCACUAUAAGAGGUCAAAUCAUAUGGCAGACAUUCACAAUCGAAGGGAUAGAAUUAAAUGUUCAUAUUGCUCCCGAAGUUUUAUAUUCCAAAGUAUUCUAAUGAGGCAUGUGCGUGAGAACCAUUUGAAACAAAAGAACGUGGUGUGUGAAAUCUGUGGAUGGAGGACCUAUGGGAAGCACGAGUUAGGCAACCACAUGGCUAAGCAUGAUGCUGUCAGACAUGUCCGAUGUCCUCUUUGCGAUAAAGCGUUCAAAACUAAUAAAUAUAUGAAGAAACAUUAUUUAAAAGCUCAUAAA